AAGCCUUCUUUGGCUCAGUGUUAGUUUCAUUCGGCGCUGGGCCAUGGACAGAGGGAGCCAGGGCUGAUGCCUGUGGCAUUCGGGUCCAGCCACACAGCCCCCUACCCUGGCGCAUCUGGUGCAUCUGCUCGGUCUCAUGCAGACAGCGCUGGUCGUUUUCGCUCUGAUUUGCUCGUGGUUGGAAACGAUGCGCCACGAGCAUCCAGAUCCAAGGCCAAGCCGGCGAAGCGGCCAGAAGCACGCAGAGCCAGUGGAACAGCCUACACAGGAGGAGUUCGGCGGCCGCAGAGCGCUGGGGGAACCGGCAGAUCCAGAAAUGCCAGCCCUUCCAGCCGGAGGAAAUCGCCAGAUGCUUCUCCAGAUCCAUUGGGAAGUGAGUAUUUGCCCGACGUGGUACACGUGGUCUUCGCAGACCUUCGAGAAUCCGAACAACCGGAUGAUCUGCAUGUGGCGCCAGAAAUAAUCCUGGCGAACCUGAAGCGAUUGCGACUGCGGCACGGGAUACGAGUGACUGAUGUGCAGGAUCUCACGAAGAGCCAGCCUGACGGAAAGCUCACCAUUGCGGAAUUUCGUCUCUUGUUGCACAAGGUUGGUAUCAAAGCAGGUGAUGAAUUUGUUCAGCAAGCGUUUGCACAACUGGACAUGGAUCGCAACCACAAGAUUUCGUGGUUGGAACUGUGGACUGCUCUUGCACCAACACCAACUGACGUUUUGAGGGAAGUGCGGCUGGUCAAGAAGAAGAAACGCCUUACAGUGUCUGAACUGAUCCGGCCUUAUGAUUCCAAUUCGGAUGAUGUGCUGACCGCUGGUGAGUUUCACCGACUUCUUGACGGUUUGGGCUUUGAUUUGGAUUCUGGGGUGGUCAGAGAGAUAGUGCGUCAAAUUGAUCUGGAUGGUGACAGGCAGGUUUCUCACACAGACCUGCAGCAUGCCUUGGAUCACUUGGGAGGCAGCCAUGCCAUGAGCUCCGAAGUUCUAGCCAGCGCCGCAAGCUCGAUCCCAAAGCCGGACCGUCGAGGCAAGGGUUCUCCAGGCUCAAAGCGAUCGAUGAGCUCUCCUGAACUCACCCGCAUGCCACUUCGGAGACCUUCUUCUUCACCGUCUGCCAGAGCUUCCCGCGGUUCACCGGUGAGUCCUGGCCAAACACACCUGCAAGGCACCCUGAAUGAACUCUUUGAUGACCUUGAGCCAGAAGCGUCGCCGGCAGCUGGGCUAACAGCCCUGUCUCCAAAUGCUAAACGUCCAAUGGUGAGUCCAGAAGCUGCAAUGUCAAAGUUGCGACGUUUGCGACUGACAGGCCGCAUCUCAGUCAAGGAUUUGCACGCCAUUGGCGAUGCAAAUGGCAAUGGAACAUUGUCAAAGGCCGAGCUCUUUAAAGUUCUGUUGGCAGCUGGAAUCAAAGCUGACGAUGAUCUUACCCAGAAGAUAUUUGACUUCAUCGACCAAGAUGGAAACGGAAAAAUCACUUUGACAGAACUAUGGAAUGCCAUGCAGCCUUCAGUGUCAGAGGUGUUGAAAGUGUUGCAGGCAGUAAAAGAGAGAAAGAACCUAAGCGUGGAGACAUUGGUGAGGCAGUUUGAUUCCAAUGGGGAUGACCGGCUUACAUUUCUUGAGUUUCAGAAAAUGCUCAAUGCCUUGUCUCUUGAUUUGGAUGAGAGUACUGCCCGAGAAGUCUUUCGGCACCUUGACGUUGAUGGCGACAGGCAACUUUCUUUGAGGACACUCAGUCAACUGCAAUCUGGCCAGAGGACGUCAAAUGAGACACGUCCUAGCAGUCCUAGCGGACAUUCUGUGGCAGAAGUCCUGAAAGCGCUUCAGGCCAUCAAGGAGGAAAGGAAAUUAAGUGUGGAAACGUUGAUACGGCUGUUUGAUUCCGAUGGUGAUGACAAGCUCACAUAUGCUGAGUUUCAGGCAUUGCUCGGUACCUUGUCCAUUGAUGCAGAGGAGAGCGUUGCAAGAGAAGUGUUUGCAAAGCUGGACUUGGAUGGAGAUGGGCAACUUUCGCUGAAUACACUCAAUGCGCUACAGUCUGCCCAACCAAGCCAAGGACUCCCACAUCAAACGCUUCCAGGGGAGGACUCUGUUGCAGAUGUGCUGAAGGUGCUGCAGACCAUCCAGGAGAGAAAGAAGGUUAGUGUGGAGGCAUUAAUUCAGAUGUUCGAUUCAGACAGUGAUGGCAAGCUGACAUUCGGGGAGUUUCAGAAAAUGCUCUCCGCCCUGCACCUCAACGUUGAGGAGGGCACAGCAAAAGAAGCGUUUGCUAAGCUUGACUUGGAUGGAGAUGGGCAACUGUCAUUGAAGACACUUCGCUCUCUACAAUCUUUGCAAGGUCAGGCGCCGGAGAGGCUCCAAGAUGGGCCCGCUGCGCCAUCUUCAGAGGAUGUUCAAGCUCUCGAAGGCCUCAGUGAACACAUCACACCGCAGGAGCUGUUCGAAAUGCUGCAGAAAUGCAAUGUGGGUCGUGAAGAAGAGCUUGUUGGCCAAAUAUUCCGAGUUUUGGACCCGGCUGGCAAUGGGCGUGUGGGACGAAGCGACUUACUGCAGAACUUCCACUUCUUUUUUCCCACAUACCAUCAGCAAACAGAGAGGCCAGGUGGUCCAGCUCUCCGCCCGCCCAGCCCACAGCAUUUGCCUUCACUCCCGGGACCCCGUGAAGAGCCACGAUCCGCUUCAGGACACCCUUUGGGUGCUCAUGCCUGGGAAUUGCUGCAUCGGAUUUAUCGACGCCUGGCGUGGCAGGACUCCACGGUGUCAACCCUUGAGCUCAUUGAAGAAAUACGACGGGAUGUGCACGUCCGAAGUGAGAGGCUAUUGGACCGACCUGUGGUUGGCAUCGAUUUCGGACAAGGUCCCAGCAUCUCCCUGGAUGCUGCUCUUCAACACGUCUCACGACAAGUGUCCCAAAGCCGAGAUUUGGAAGUCACAACUUGGGAGCGCUUCAACUGGCUUCUUGUGGAGGCACAGCGCUUUUGUCAGGGAAUGCCGUCUCUUGAAGAACGGAUUCCAAGCCCUCAGCGCGGCCCGCCCGCAAGCCGAUGGUUCCUAUCUGUGGGUGCAAGCAGUUUGGUAGGCUGCCCCAAUCCAGAGGAGGAGCCUGGAGCUGCAAUUGAGUGGAUGGCGAAUGAAAAUGGUUUUGACCGGGACUUGCUCUACCGUUUGUUUGACAUGUUCCGGCUCGGUGCAGCUGAAGUGCCCAAGCGCGUCAGCAGGGAAAGGUUCCUACAAGCUGUACAAGCCAGUCCACGUUUGCAAACCGCAUUGCUGUCAAGCCCAUUGCUUACCGGUGCCGUGAUGAAGCCGAUGAAUUGGGGAGAUUUCCUUUGGUACUUGACGCAGCUUGAAGCUGCCAGCAUUUCGUGGUCGGACGUGUUGGCCACAGCUUGUUGGUGCAGGCUAUUGAGCCUUGGCCUAGCGUCGGGUGAUGGGCACCCCAGCCAAAUUUCGCCCAGAUUGUCAUCGGCCGCGAACAGGGCCCGCUUGGAGAUGGCCAUGCGAAAUGCAGGGCCAUCCUCCAGUCCAGUGAAGCGCAGCCCGAGCAGUCCAAGCAGAUCUGCGGCGACGCUUCCAUCCACUGUCUUGCCUGCAAUGCAACGUGCACCUCGGCUUGUCCCUCGGGAUGUGCAGGAUUUGCAUGAAGCUGCUUGCGCUUCGCCCCUGGCUGCUGUUGAUACGAGCUUUGCACGUGUCACUGGAGCCCAACCAAGAACAUCAAAGCAUCCUUGGCUGGAGGACUCAGAUGAUGAGGGUGGCAAGCUUCGACCGCCCCAAGCUCCAUUCCCCCCAUUCAGGCCACCGCCGGAUGGCACACAGAGCAAACGUUUGGGGGUUCGGUUUCAAGCCGCUAAGUCUUGCCCAGCUGCAGAGCGCGAAAAGCUGGAGGCAGAGCUGGCUAGGAUUUUGGCAGACUUGCCAGUACAAUCCGUGAAGCUGAGAGGAAUGAGAUCACAAGGCUAAUGCAAAGGUUUCCAAUAACCUCAUAUGCCCUCAUGUACCAUAACAAGACGUAGCAGAAAUCACCGGUGGCUACCAAGAGCUGAGCGCGUCCACCAAAGAGUGCGACUCGGGAGGCCGUUCACGACAAUCUCGAA